AUGGCACCAGCAGUCGUCGAAAAGGAACUCACAGCUUUGCAACGUAGUAAACGGUUAGAGCGAUCAAAAGAGCUGAUUCGCUUGCUCGACUCUGGCGAGCUUCCCAAUUUGGUGUUUUCGGAUGAGAAAACUUUCUGCGUUGAGCAGUUUCUUAACAAACGAAAUGACCGUGUAUGGUUGAAGGGACGUGUCAGCGACCAUGCGGAGGAACUGCAAGUCACUCGACGUCAAGGAGCUGAUCAAAUCGUGGUCUGGGCGGCGGUGUCCGAAAAAGGCCGUUCACCGCUCAUUUUUCUCCCAAUGGGUCGCAACCAAGUCAAAAUAAAUCAGCAAAUCUAUCGAGACAAAGUCUUAAUGCUGAUACCGUGGGCAGGUAACACGCUCGGUUCUGAGCGUUGGACUUUCCAGCUAGACUCGGCACUAUCGCACAGAGCAAUUGGAACGUAA